AUGGAUCCUAAUGCUUAAAUCAAUGAGAGAUACACAAAAUUGCAAGAAAAAUUGGGAGCUCUUCAAUUCGAAGUUGACAACACAAAAGAUGCAAAAAUUGAUGAAAUUUAUGACAGAAUCAACAAAGCUUAGAGUGAAUUGAAGGAAAUUAUCAAUAAUUACAGUGAAUAACUUGGAUAAUUGUCAGGUUAAUUUCAAGAGCUUACAAAAUAAUUUGAAAAACAAAAUGAUUAAUAUAGUUCUUCGCAUGAAAAAAAGUUAAAAGAAAUCAAAAAUUUAGAGAAUAAACUCUAAAAAAAGUUAGAUGAUGACGUUAAAGCCAAUAGAGAACAGAGUGAAUAAGUAUUGUCCAGCUAUGAUUAAUAAGUCUAAGACUUGCUUUAAUAGAUUGGAUAAGAAAUUAAAGUGAAAAACUAAUAAGUUAACAUUAUUAACACAACUUUGCAAAAUGACUUACCUGCAUUAUGGUAAUAUAAUGUUUAAGAAAAUUAAGAAAGAGUUUAAGAAGAUCAAUCUAUUGUGAAAAAAGCAAGUUAGGAAAUUUCCAAAUUAUUUGAUUAAGCGAACCAAGGUAAAUCAUAAAGAGAAGAUGCUGAAGUUGGUAUAUUCACUAUGCUCAAAGAAGUUGUAAUAAGAGUCAAAAGCGAAUUAGAAGAAGAAAGAUAAUUAAGAAUGGAUGGCCAUGAAGCCUUAUUGUCAAUCUUAGAAGAAGCCUAUGAUAAAAUGGAAGAAACACAUGCAAAAGUUUAAAAAUAGAAGGCUGCCUUUUAAGAAUCAAAAUGA